AUGUUCAUCCUCUCCCCUCGUCCUAAACUAAUAUACGUCGCAUCCCGGCACUUGCAAUCGUGCAAGCGGGUCUUGUCGUCCAAUGCGCUGAGAAAGCAAACGUCUCGUCUUUUCCGUAGACGCAACGUCGCCGUAGUGUCCACCUUCGUGGUGGUGGGCUCGUAUGUAACCUUCAGUACCUCUAGCCAUUAUCGCUUGGAGACGGUGCCUUCGUCUUUGGCAGGCAGCAACUUGCAGAAACUAGCGGCCACGGCGUCGUCGCUGAAGGCGGUGCUGUCGCUGGACGUGGUCGACAAGCAGUUUUUCCUGUCUGCAACCAACUCCAUGUUCCACCAGAAUAGCGCUGGAUCGAAGCUGAACAAGGAGGGCGUGUACCUCAUGAGCGAGGACCAAGUCAAUGCGCAGCUCCGAAAGUACGAGGAAUCGUUCCAUGUCAAUAGAGGCAAGGGCGUCACCCGGUAUGAUGUGUGUCAGCUUCCUUCCAACUCUCCCAUUGAGGACGAUAGAGCCGAGGAGAUUGUUCAGGUUCCAAUUCUCCAGGACAACAACAUCAAAACAUCGACCGAUUGGAUGUUUUUCGGGGUGUACGAUGGUCAUGGCGGCUGGACCACAUCCUCGAAAUUGAGAGACCAAUUGAUUCUGUACAUCAUCCAGGAGUUCGGCACCAUUUUCAAACCAGCGAAGGAAGACAACUUGAGAUAUGUCCCUAACAGUGCUACCAUCGACCAGGCAAUCAAAAAUGGGUUUCUAAAACUUGAUCACGACUUGGUGACGAAAAACAUCAAAACAUUGUUGGGAGAGAGCAACAAGGCGAGAGCGGCAGAGUUGUUGAUGCCUGCGCUCUCUGGCUCCUGUGCCCUUCUCUCCUUCUACGACACCAAUUCCAAAAUGCUCAAAGUGGCCGUCACCGGCGAUUCCCGUGCCAUUCUUGGCUCCUACAAGGAUAACCGCUGGACUGUGAAACAAUUGAGCAUCGACCAGACCGGCUCAAACCCCUCUGAAGUUGCGCGUAUUAUAUCUGAACAUCCAGAUGAACCAAACGUGAUUAGAAAUGGAAGAGUCCUCGGAUCCUUGGAACCAUCCAGAGCUUUUGGGGAUUGUAGAUACAAAUUGCCGGGAUACAUUCAAAAGCAAAUUUAUCAGCAAUUCUUUGGAAGAAGACUCCCCAAUGAUUUAAAUCUGCCUCCAUACGUGACCGCCGAGCCAGUAAUUACAACCACGAAGAUCUCUCCCGAGAACAACGAUUUCCUUGUCAUGGCUUCUGAUGGCUUGUACGAGAUGCUUUCGAACGAAGAGAUUGUCGGGCUUGUAGUGAAGUGGAUGGAAAAGGAAAAAAUGGUCAAGCCCACCACGUCAUUCUGGAGCUACUUCAACUCGAAGGAGAAGGAAUUGCCUCAGGUGGCAGACAUCACAAACGAUCGGUCCAGCAAACAGCCGUUCCGGAAGACCAAGAACGUUGGCUACGGAAGCUUCUUGUUGGAAGACAAGAACGUGUCGACGCAUUUGAUCCGCAAUGCUUUGUCCAAUGGCGGUUCGCGCGAGCAAACACUGAUGUUGUUGUCCAUCCCCAGUCCGCUGUCCAGAAGAUACCGCGAUGAUUUGACGGUGACCGUUGUAUUUUUCGGAUCCGAUUCCAACCCCGACGAGUCUGGAAAGCUCGAAAUCAAUACCCCAGCAACUGCGGGCGGAUUAUCUAGCAAGCCAAAGCUAUGA